AUGCCGACAUCCGAUAGACCGUCAAAGUUCAACCCAGCUUUGCUGGUAGUGGACAUGCAAGAGGACUUCUGCCCACCUAAUGGCUCCCUCGCCGUCGGUAACGGUCGCGAUGUCAUCCCGGUGAUAAACACCUUGCUCGCGAACCCCGCCUUCACAACCCGCAUCGCUACCAAAGACUGGCAUCCAUCCACUCACAUCUCAUUCGCUUCAAACCACCCCGCACCAAACAAUGUCCCUUUCACUUCCUACACCACCAUUACAAACCCACAUAAUCCUUCCGAAACUUACAAAACCAGAUUAUGGCCCGAUCACUGCGUUCAGGGAACCAAGGGAGCCGAAUUGGUCCCAGAAUUGGACCAAUCGCUCAUAGAUGAGAUCGUAGAAAAGGGUACAGACGACAGAGUGGAGAUGUAUAGUUGCUUCCACGAUCCGUUUGAGCACCCUAGAGUCUCGGAUUCAGGCCUAGUUGAGAGAUUACAGAAGAAGGAUGUUACGCAUGUGUAUGUUGUCGGAUUGGCGAUGGAUUAUUGUGUAAAAUACUCUGCGAUCGAUGCGAAGAAAGCCGGGUUUGAGGUAUAUGUGGUAGAGGAAGGGACAAAAGCGGUGGAUCCGAGUGCGUGGGAAGAGGUUAGGAAGGAGUUGGAAGGAUAUGGGAUUGUCAUGGUCGGGACGGGAGGCGGUGAGAUGGGAUGGUUGGAUGGUAAACACCGUUUAACAUGA